ACCGAGAUUUAUCUGAUGGGCCACAAACUGUGUUCUUCUCAGCCCAGUCACUGUAUUUGGCCCAUUUAAAGCAGUAGCCUGACUGUGCCUUUCUACUUUUGGGCCUCCAAAUUACAAGCAUUUUACACGCGAGCCAACGUGCCGGCCAUAAUUACUUUACUUAAAAUCCCACCCUCAGGCGGGCCCCCACUAAUUCCUACAUAGAUAGACAGAAUCCCUAAUGACGACAAUUUUUUAAUAUCUUCCACGUCUUUAAGAUCACCAAUCACAUAAUAAAAUGAUAAACAUGCUCUGAUAUUAACUUGUAAUCUUUUACCAAACACACAAAUAUGAAAUAUGAUUUUAUUUCCAUUACGCGAGUUCAUUUAAUUUCAUCCCGACAAAUCAUCCCCCAAAAAUCAUUAAGCAAAGAAUAGUCCCCAAAAUCUAAAUUCAUGAAAGAAUCCUUACCUCAUAAAUACGGUACGAAAAUAAGUUUGAUUCGUUUUUCAGUUUAAGUAAACAAAUAUUUUAACUUGUGAUCAAAAAAUAAAUCACUUCUACAGUUUUCUCCUUUCCCUCACGACUUAUGCAUCAUUCUAAUUAACUACACUCAUCACAAAUUGCAAUACAUUCAAAAUCCAAACUUCUAAAAGAGAUUUCCAAGAUAAUAAAUACUACCAAUGAAUAAUCUAUAUUAAAAAAAUGUAAAUUUGCUUCCUUCACGUAACCUCGAAUCACGACAGGUCAUGUUCACAUUUUCUCUUCUCAUGUCCCUCCUUAACUCACCCCCAAUUAACACGAUUCUUCGACUUUCAAAAGACUAACUUUUAACUCGCACGAUCACUAAUGAUAAUUUAUCUCGAACUUUGAUGGAAUCAACUUAGAAGAUUUCAAAUUUUCAAUCAAACUCAACAAUAAUCAAUUUAGGAAAAGAUGUUUGGUGGUGACCGUGUGAAGGAUACACCCCUCCUAAUCCCAUCACAAAAUUAAAUUAGAAUAAAGAAAAAUCGGGAUCAAGGUCUAAAUCCCACUGCCGGGUGGUAGCAGAAAAGUACUUAUCCGAGUGCUUACCUUUGCUUGCUGCCUUGGUUCAUCUCAUCUCCUCCAGCCCUCUUUCCCUUUCUUUAUUCUAACACUCUUUUUCUCUCCACCAUUCUCUCUUUUUGUUUUUAUUUCACCAAAAUUAUUAUUUAUUAAAAAAAAAAACCUCGUGUCUUAUAAUUCGGCCCGUAGGGUUACCCUACAAAAAUUGGGCCCCAGGUCCCGUUGGUUGGCCCAUCUUUUCCCCAAAAUCAUUUAUUUUUUGUUCCCUUUCCCCCCCUUCUUCUACUUACUACUUAGCUGAGCUCUCUCUCCCUCCUCUCAAGUCUCCUCCACUUCUCCUUCUUCCUCUUCCUCCGUCCCUUCCUUUCCGCUCACUGCAACUCUCCUCCUUUGUCCCCUUCCUACCGCCGAUUGCCUACCGACAGCUUUUUUUUUUCUCUCCCUUCCCCUUAUAAGCCCUUUGCUUCCUACUCACCCCAUACAGUCUCCUCUCUCUCUGUCUCGCUACUACUCUGUUUUCCUGAUCCUCUGUUUUUACUUUCGUCUCUCCGAUGGCGUUCGGCUGUAUACCCAAUUGUUUUAACACCCGACGCCUCCGUGGAGCAAACGGGGACAGGGUUGCGGCUGUGUCAGACGAUUCCUGCUGCUGGGGAGAGGUUGAAAGUGAGGAGGAAGGGAAAGGAGGAGCAGGGGAUUAUGACCAUUGUUCUCCGGCGAGGUACGGCUGGGACGAGAUUGAGAAGCUGACCCGGAAUUUCGAGUGCUUGAUUGGAUCCGGUGGGUUCAGCAACGUGUAUUUGGCUGCCGGUUCCGCGGCGGUGAAGGUGAGCUGCUCAGGGGAUUAUCUAAGCCCGCUGUUCAGUCAGGAGCUCGACAUCCUCCUCCGCCUCCACCACCGGCGCAUUGUCAAGCUUCUGGGCUACUCCGACGAUAAAGGUGGCGCGCUGGUAAUGGAGUAUGUUCCCAAUGGAACGUUACAGGAGAACCUCCACGGGAGCGGCCGCCGGGCGCUCCCGUGGAGCAAAAGGAUGGCGAUUGCGUACCAACUUGCCGAAGCAAUCGAUUACCUCCACUCCAACGUAGGUGACGUCCCAAUCGUACACGGGGACAUCAAGGCGUCCAACGUCUUGCUCGACGGGGAGCAAAGCUGCAAGCUUUGCGAUUUCGGGUCGUCGAAAAUGGGGUUCUCCUCCGCCGUGGCCACGGUGGGCGGGCCGAGGAGGGGAAAGAAAUUGGUGAUGAUGGGCUCGCUGGGUUACUCCGACCCGUGUUAUCUGCGUACUGGUUUGGCUUCCAAGAAGAACGACAUCUACAGUUUUGGGGUGAUCGUAUUGGAGCUGGUGACGGGCCGGGAGGCGUUCUCCGAGGAGAAAGGGGAGGUUUUGGCGGCGGUGAUUAGGGAACUCGGCGAUGAAAAAGCAGGGGAUUUGGCGGGAUUGGUGGAUCCGAAAUUGGGAGGCGAGUUCGAUUUGGGGGAAGUGGAGGCCAUGUUCGAGAUGGCGAGGAAAUGUGUUGGGCUGGAGGUGAGCGUGCGGCCUUCGGCGGCGGAGAUCGUGGAGAGCAUGAAGGCGAGUGUGGCGUCUGCGUUCAUGUGCGGGGAGGAGGGAAAGAAGAAGUUUUGAACAGAGGGAUUGGUGUAAAUUUGGGCUAUACUCUGUUUUGCUGGGAUUAUACUCUUUUUUUGGGGUUUUUUGUGUGAUUGGUUCACAUGAUUGACAAUCCAUAUGUAUAGAUUCAAAAACCAACAUAAAGGAAAGGAAGAAAGAAAGGAAGAGGGUUAGGAUUUUACUAUUAGGGGAUGAUUGGAAUAGCAUGCAGUGAAAAGCUUGGCAUUGUUUGUUUCCUUAUUAUUGGAUUGCGGUUGUUUAUUAUUCCACGUCGUUAUAAAUGUUGCGUAGUAGUAGUAUAAGUUCUAGAUUUCUUGUUUGUUAAUUGUCAUUUAAAUUUGGGGUUUCAAAGCAAAUGGGUAAGAUUCCAAACCACGUAGAAGAGUAUGUAUCUUAAUUGAGUAAGGAAAUAACGUAAUAGUUUUAAUUACAAAUCCAUUGACGGUAAAAUCAUAUUGAAGUUCAAAUCAACAAAACUAAUAAUGCAAAAAUAAUAGUAAUAUAUUUGACAAACCAUUUACAAGCAGUUAUGAUCCUAUAUCAAAUUUAUGGUGAAAUGACUGCGAAAAAUGUGAUUUAACCCUAUUAUAACAGUCGAUAUGAUAUCACAAACACAAUUAGACCAAACUCAUGUCAAACUGUACCUUUCUUAUAGACUUGGAAGUUAGCCUGCCAGGCAAAUGCCCACCUUAUGAUUUGUAGUUGUGUAUUGGUACAUUCUAGGGUUGCUCAAUGAACUCAAAAAGUCCACACGCCAUAUGCUUUUCUCAUCAUAAAUUCAUAAUAUUUGUGUAACAAUCAAACUCCAUUAGAGAAAAAAACAGGUUCAUAGAGUUCAGACGGAUGGUGAUAGGAGAACAACUAAUACAAUAACAAGUCAAACUGAUAAAUACAAGUCUUUUUUGUUUUGGUCUUGAAAAUGAUGAAUACGUAGAGUUGAAGCCAUCAUUAAUAGGCAAGAAUGUACUAUUGACUUCUGAUGAUUAAUGCUUAAGGCAAGUCUAUGACGUAAUUUCAACAUCGGUUGUUCCUAUAGAGUCAUCCGUUCAUUUUAUAAGAGCGAAAGGUAUCUUCAAAUGAACCUUGACAAAAUGGUGGAUAGAAUUGAUAUGAGAUCUCAAUGAGAUGAAUCCGACGCCAUAAUCAUUUCAACGGCUUGAUCAUUCGCUAUCGACAAAGCAAAAUUCAAUCCGACAAUAUAUAAAAAGAGAUGAACUCGGUAACUUUGGUGUUCGUCCGACUCCCGACCCGACCAAUGCCACAUGUAUUAUCUGUUUAUUUUACAUAGGGUGAUGAUGCAAUGCAAUUCUUGUGAUUCAUUUAUUUCCCAACUUUGUGAUGAUGCAAUUCUUUGUGACUAAUUUAUUUCCCAACUUUAUACCCACUUGAUGAUCGACUGGUCCAAUGUUGCUGUUUACAAACAGGGCAGGAGAACAAAGUCCAAUACCUUGCCUUCCUCAAUGGAUACUUGACUUAGUGGAACAGAGUAAUUGCCGGCCUCGUAGUUAAAGCCCUUUUAAACUCAAAUGGCGUGGAGUCAGCCGGUGAUGUCACAUAUUUUAAUGGCUUCCACGCCCCCGAUCUCCCUGAAGUCAACUAGGAAUUAGGAUAUCCAUAUACCAUAGCGCCUCUAAGGAAAUGCACAUCAGAAGUAAAUGUUAUCUUUACCCAAUGCCCUGAAACCAAGAAAGAUUCAAACUUUAU